AUGGGUCAACAGCAGUCUAAUAUGGGCGGCGGCCCUGGUGGCGAUGGACGUGAUGACAAGGACAAGAAGAAGGACAAGCCUAGAUACGAGCCUCCCCCACCACCUACCACCCGCAUCGGAAAGAAGAAGCGCAAGGCUGCUGGUCCCAGUACUGCCUCUAAGCUCCCCGACAUCUACCCUACAUCGCGAUGCAAGCUACGAUACCUUCGCAUGCAGCGCGUGCAUGACCACCUGCUGCUGGAGGAGGAGUAUGUUGAGAACAUGGAGCGAAUGCGCAAAGCUAAGGCCCAGGCCUCCCAGGAUCCUGCCAGCCGAACAGGCGACCUGGAUGUGAUGGAUCGGAACGCCGACGAGCGGAGUCGAGUCGAUGACAUGCGAGGCAGCCCGAUGGGUGUCGGCAACUUGGAAGAGUUGAUCGAUGAUGACCAUGCUAUUGUGUCCAGCGCCACUGGUCCCGAGUACUACGUCUCCAUCAUGUCUUUCGUUGAUAAAGACCUUCUCGAGCCAGGUGCCAGUAUCCUUUUGCAUCAUAAGUCAGUAUCCGUUGUUGGUGUAUUGACUGAGGAAUCCGACCCCUUGGUCUCUGUGAUGAAGCUAGACAAGGCGCCCACAGAAUCAUAUGCGGACAUUGGUGGUUUGGAGCAGCAAAUCCAGGAAGUACGAGAGUCCGUGGAGCUGCCCUUGCUACACCCUGAGCUGUAUGAGGAGAUGGGCAUCAAGCCUCCCAAGGGUGUCAUCCUUUACGGUGCACCCGGUACUGGAAAGACCCUGCUUGCUAAGGCUGUUGCCAACCAAACCAGUGCUACUUUCCUGCGUAUUGUUGGCAGUGAACUGAUCCAGAAGUACCUGGGUGAUGGUCCCCGCCUGGUUCGCCAGAUUUUCUCAGUCGCAGCUGAUCACGCGCCGUCCAUCGUCUUUAUUGAUGAGAUUGAUGCUAUUGGUACAAAGCGAUAUGAAUCACAAUCUGGUGGUGAGCGAGAAAUCCAGCGAACCAUGCUGGAGCUUCUUAACCAGUUGGAUGGAUUCGACGACCGUGGUGAUGUGAAGGUGAUCAUGGCCACUAACAAGAUUGAGACGUUGGACCCGGCUUUGAUCCGACCUGGUCGUAUCGACCGCAAGAUUCUCUUCGAGAACCCAGACCAAAAUACCAAGAAGAAGAUCUUCACCCUGCACACUUCUAAGAUGUCUCUCGGUGACGAUGUUGACCUGGAGGAAUUCAUCAACCAGAAGGACGAUCUCUCUGGUGCCGACAUUCGCGCCAUUUGUACCGAGGCUGGUCUUAUGGCCCUGAGAGAGCGUCGUAUGCGGGUCCAGAUGGAUGACUUCCGGGCUGCCCGUGAGCGCAUCAUGAAGACUAAACAGGACGGAGGUCCCGUGGAGGGUCUGUACCUGUAA